AGAAACUUCGCGAGCGAGUUCGUCUUUCGGAACCCGUCGAACACAAUGGCGGGGAACUUGUGUGUGUGAGCGAGGGCGGUGCGCUGGUAGUACUGGUGCCGCAGGGAAAGAAGCCGAAGAGCUGCGGAGACAACCAGCUCUCAAGAGUGGAGAGGGACGUUGGGCGAGAGAAACCACCCGGGUGUACGUCCCAGAGCCGACCCGGGAGGGGUUUUCCGGGCCCGCGACGUCAGCACUGCAACGCUGUCCCCGCCGUGACGCUCCGUGGGGAGGGAUCCUGCCCAACUCCGCGUCCAGCGCUCGCGCCGACUUGACCUAUUCGCCGGGAGACAGGGGAGGCAGGGCUUGCGAUGUCUGGACCUGUCAUUUACUCCAUCCUUUAUAGUGAUGCUACAGAACAGAAAGGAAUGGAUAAAAAUAUUGGCGAGCAACUCAAUAAAGCUUAUGAAGCCUUUCGACAGGCAUGUAUGGAUAGAGAUUCUGCAGUAAAAGAGCUACAGCAAAAGACUGAAAACUAUGAGCAGAGAAUACGUGAGCAACAGGAACAGCUGUCACUUCAACAAACUAUUAUUGACAAGCUGAAAUCACAGUUACUUCUUAUGAAUUCCAGUCAAGAUAACAGUUUUGGCUAUGUUCCUCUGCUUGAAGACAGUGAAGCAAGAAAGAAUAAUUUGCCUCUUGAUCAGCCACAUGAUAAAGUAAAAUCAGGAAUACCAAGAGAAAAAGAAUUAAAGGUAAGAAGACAAGAGGUUUCUUCUCCUAGAAAAGAAACUUCACCAAGGAGUCUUGGCAUUCCUUUAUUCCAUGAAAGGGCUUAUAUAGAGAAGACUUUCCAGGAUCUAAAAGAAGAAUUUCACAGAAUAUGCAUGCUAGCAAAAGCACAGAAAGACCACUUAAGCAAACUUAAUGUACCAGCCACUGCAACUGGGUUUGCUUCAGCCGUUCCAUAUGAAUAGCAAAACACCAGAGAUUGAAUCUGGCUACCAAGCACUUCCAUAACAAAAGGAAGGUAAACUGAUCAUUUAAAAUGAUAAAUUCUCCUUUACCCUUGUGAUUUGAGAUAUUCUGCAUAUGGUUCCCUAGAGAUGUGAUUUACAGUUUUCACUCUGAAAGAUGUUGCGGCAGUGCUAAUGCCCCUUUAAUUAAAGAUCACUUUCCAUCUCUUCCAUCUCUUAUAUCUAGACUAUUUAAAAAUCAUUUUAUAGUGUAAAUUCACUUUUUGCAUACUACUCCUGUUUUAUCUUCAGAAAAGGUACACAAUAUGGUGGGGAAACAAAACAGUCUUUGUAGACAGACAUAAUUUAUUUCUUCCCCUUUUCCCCCUCCAGCUACCCAGAAAGAAUGCUAAUUCUUUCACCUGAAUUUUUGUCUUUUUCAUGAGAAAUUGAUCUUUUGUGUAGGCUAAAGACACUAAGUACCUCUGGAGUAAAAGAAUUAUUUUUAUUUAAAAUCUACUAGCUAAAGAGAUGUAGUACAUAGAACUCAUAAACAUGAUUUUUUUUAACAUCAGCAUCUUAUCAAAACAUUGUAAUGGUGAUAUAUUCAUCGUUAUACAGAGAACCUACCCCAUUAUCAGUGGCUUAAUACUUUGACCAUUUUUAAAUUGUGCAGGUCUAAAUCUGAGUAUGUAUCUGUCAACUAGGACACUGAGUGUUUAGCUUCAUUUUCUUCCCCACUAAAACCGCUUCCUAAUGUUAUUCUUAUGUUUUAUAGUAAAUGUGUCACAAAUAAUAAGUACAGCAUAUUCUUGAAAUGUUUUAGAUCUGUUGUGCCAUAGACUGCAGUGAAGUUUUGCUGGGUCUAGACAAAACUCAAAAUAUUAAAUAUUAUUCUGGUAGUAGUAGAUCAAAAAGGGAAAGAAAGAAAAAUGUUUUGGGAAAAGAUCCCUAUUCAGGCCUUUUAAGGAUGAACAUUACAUUGAAUAAAAAUAUAAGGAAAAUAUUUUAAAUGUGGUUUGCAUAAUACAUCUGGAAAGAACGUAUUUAGCAGUAUUGUCCCCAUGUUAUUUUUUUUGUUAAAAUUUGACUUUUACCUUUAGAUAAACAUAUAAUUCAUGAAAAACUGCUGAGUUAGUAGAAUUGUACAUUUCCUUUUUCUUUUUUCUUCUCAUCCACUUAUGGCAGUAGCCUUGAGAAGGGAUAAAGAUAAAAUGUAUGUUUAAGCAAAUGUGGCUUCAUAAAAAGUGCUAUUUGGUCCAUAAAGGAGAGUCCUAUUUCAGGGAAGAUGAAGAGAGUAGAAUAUAGGAUCGCAACUUACAAACAACCAUCAGAUCUUUUUCUUUUGUCAAUAUACGAGGUAAUUAGACUAAGAAGUAAUCUAAAUGGACAGCCUGUACUUAAAAUUUAGAAACCUAAAAAUGUUUCUCAUUGUGUUUUUUGUGUCCUUGCGAAAAGAAGUGUUCUGAAAAUAAACAAAAUAGAAAGGCAAUUUGCUCCACCUGAUCAUGUUUCUCAGUAUAGUGUCAGGAUCACAAGUGCUUUUAUGCACCUCAUUUAAAAUUUUUUUUUUAAUGUUUAUUUAUUUGUGGGAGACAGACAGGGUUGGGGGAGGGGCAGAGAGACAGGGAGACACAGAAUCUGAAGCAGGCUCCAGGCUCUGAGCUGUCCGCACAGAGCCUGAUGCAGGGCUCAAACCCACGAAGCACAGGAUCAUGACCUGGGCUGAAGUUGGACGCUCAAUUGAUUGAGUCACCCAGGCACCCCAAAUCUUUUUUUUUAUACUAACUCAUCACUUGAACAGAUUAAUUCCAAAAAUUAUUUUAAUGUGGCUGAGGUAUGCCUGCUAGCUAUAAAAAAGAAAAUAUCUGCUUUAUUAUAGGUGUUUUGAGUUUCCCAGGUUUUGUUCACAAGGGAGAUAGGUCAUCUAUUGGAAAAGAAAAUCAUUUCGGGGACUCUUUGUGUGUGUGUGUGUGUGUGUGUGUGUGUACAUGUGUGUACAUACAUAUACACACACAUACAGUAUGUUUGUCUUCUGUGUCUUCUACGUGUAUGUGUGUAUAUGUACAGCAUACAGUAUGUUUGAUUUAACAUAAUGGUUCAGAGCACAGGAUCUAGAUUAGGUUGCCUGGGUUCCAAUGCCAGAUGUACCACUCAUUCAUUAGCUGUGUAGCCUUGGAAGUAACUGCUCCAUGUCUCAGUUUCUUCGCAUGUAAAGUGGGGAUAAUCUAAUGCCUACCACAUGAUUAUUUUGAGUAUGAAAUGAAUUAAGACACAUAAAAUGAUUAUAGUAGUGCAUGACACAUAGAAGUGCUAUUGAUGUUAAUAGUUGUCAUUAGCAGCAGCAGCAGCAGAUUCUUCAUCGUUCUCCCUGUUCUCCUUGUGAAGAUCAUUUUGAUAAGCAUUUCCUCCUCAGGUGUUACAAAAUGUAGUUACCUCAGCAGUUGAUUUUCCUGAUUUGUUACCUGCAGUUAGCAAAUGUAAUCUGCAAAGAAAGUACCGUUGCCUAGAAUUCCUGCUACUGUUAAGUCUACUGUCAGGAAAAACGACUACUUGAGAGUUAAAGGACUUUGAGAAACCUGCAAGGACAAAGAAAUCCUACCAGACAAUUGAGCUCGGUCUUUGUUACUGUACUACUUCUAGUCACAGACAGAUUAUCUAGUGAAUGUAGAUUAUUAUACUGGGCUGUCUUGGGAACAGAAUACAAAUGCAUUCAGAAUACAUUUAUUGAGGGCAUACUAUGUGUCAGGCACUGGGCAGGGUACUGGGGUUAAGUGGGAAACAAAGCAUGGUUUAAGACCUUAAAAAAUGUACUUCAGUGGGAGAAAGAACAAAUACAGUGCAACAUGUGUAAGCCUCGGGACACCUGUGAGUCAUGCCUAACCCGGUCUUGGGGAGCUAGAGAGAACUAUCCAGAGAAAUUAAGUCUACAUUAAGGAAUGAAGGACAAGUAAGACUUUGGUAAAGAGUACUUGGAGAGGACAUUCAGGCAGCCUGCACAGCUUGUGCAAAGGCCCAAAGACAGGAGAGCCUGGCUGUUUUGGAGAACUGUGCGAAGCCCAUUAUAGCUGGAAUAAGAAGUGCAACGGUUGGGAAAGAUGAGAGUAUGGACAGGUAACCAGGGACCAGUCAUGAACAGUUUUAUAUGACUUUUCUGAGGGAUGAGGCUUUGGAGAGCCAUGAAAAGGUUCUAUGAGGAAGGUAACAUGAUCAGAUUUGUGCUUUAGAAAAGAAAUAAGGAGCAAUGUAGAGAAUGGAUUGGCUAUGAGCUAAAUUUAAAGGGCAGAGCAGCAGUUCAAAGGCUAUUGUAAUAAUCCAACAAGAUAAGGUGGUGUGUACUAAAGAGAGGCAGUAGAUAUGUAAGAAGGUAAACUUGAGGAUUUGGUUGCAAUAUACUGCAGUUGUGUCCAAACAGAAAAUACCUUGUGUUGGAAUGUGCUGUGGCAAAAGAUAGGAAGGUGUCAUGAGACUGCAAGGACCAGAAGGAAAGGAACUGACGUUUGUUAAGUGCUUACUAACUUUGACAGACACUACACAAGGUGUUCUGUGUACCCCGUCUGCUUAAAUCGGCAUCCUUGGGCAAGUCUCCUUUUGUGAGGAUAAAACUUCUCUGAUGACUACCUUUUUAAAGUGCUGAUUUCUUUUUUAAUCUCUACCUUCUGUCCGCUUAAUGAAAAUCACACAUUACCAAUCUCCAACCUACUGUCUUCUUAGGUAAGAUUGUGGAGCAUAAUUUAGUGUUUUCUAAUGUCUCAGGAUUAUCAGCAUAGAGAAUGCUUUGAUCAUUGUGUUUUUGCAUUGAGAAAUGUAGCCCUUAUUGGCCCUACACCAGACUGUAGUGUUUUGUGAGUUCUUAUAUCUGCUAUUUUGUUUUUCUCGUCUCCUCUCAUGCUUUCAGCUCUUGUUGAUAUCUAUAUCUGUCUUCAGCAACUCCUAUCCCUACCUUUUAAUUUGCUGCUUCUAACCAGCUCUGAGCUAAGGGAAAUAUCAUCAAGCUUGUUAGAAUAAAUCUAAAAUGAGAGUAAGAGCAAAAUACAUAUAUCUGUGGGCCUUUUGGCUCUAAUUCUGACUCCUCAGAAGCUCUGUUUACUUACUUUCUAGCUUUUGCCUGUGUCCUAGAGAGCUGAAUUUGUUCUGGAGCUGAAUUUGUUGGAUGAGCAGCUUCCAGAUAAAUGAGCUGCAGGGGCCAUGGUAUCUACCUGAUAUCCACCUGCUAUCUUCAUAGGCCUUUUAUAUAUAUAUGUGUGUGUGUGUGUGUGUGUGUGUGUGUGUGUGUGUGUGUGUGUGUGUAUAACGGGAGAAUUACAUAUUCAUAUACAGUUUUCUGAACAUGCAUCCCAAAAUUUCAUCCUUCUUUUGCCUUUACUGUCUUCUUUCUCUCCAACCCCCACCACUACCACUCCCUCACAUGAAUUAUUGAAAAUACCCAAGGGCUAGACUGAUUGCUGAUAUAUUUUGUGACACAGUGAUAUUAAGGCUAAUAAAUGGCCGAAUUCAUGUCGAUUCUUAACCUGUAUAGUGUUAUAUAUGCCUAGUAAGGAAUUUUCUUUUUAACAACUUAUUUGUCUAAGCAAGCUCACAGUUGUAGCUUCCAUUACUGACAAAAUGUUUAAAUGUAUACACUACAAGCAAAUGUUUUUUAAGCAUAGAGCAGUAUAACUGUGAACAAGAUGCAAAGCUUACAGCAAAAGACCUAGGAAAAGACAAAGUAGUUUCACUGCAACUAAUAAGCUACGUUCCAGUUCACCCACUGGAGACUGCUAAUAGUCCGUGGAAGGUGGUAGCAAAGGUAAAAAGUGCCAGUUGUCUUCAGUUGCUAUAAAAAGGAAUUGUAAAAAUAAUAUUCAUCAUUUUUAAGAAUGAUUGGAAUGCAACCAUUUUCCUUUUGUGUUCUUUU